CUUGGUCCUUCAUCGCGGAGAUAAAAAGUCCUCCCGAUCUUGACCCUCCCCAGGUUCUGUCGCGGACGUCGGGCAUUAUACUAUAUUUCAACAUGUCAGACCCGCACGCUGGAUCCCAAUCUGGAGGCAGCCCGCCGGCGUCGCGAAGGAAGACGCGGACUCGGACGACCACCGCGUGCACUGCUUGCCGGGCGAGAAGAACCCGAUGUGACAGCCAGAAGCCGGGGUGCGGCUAUUGUCGUAUCCGCGGACUCAAGUGCCAAUACGAGCAGAGCAUACCGGUCCCUCCAAAUAGAGUCGAGGCAGAACUCGCGGCAAUACACGAGCGGCUGGACUACAUCGUUGGGAAACUGCCCUUGGACGCUACCCAACAGCCUACCAUUGUUCCCCACGGAGUAUUGGUGGACCCCAGCCAGGGAUGCCAUGUCUUCACUGGCGAGGAGAAACUACCUUUCCAAUUGCUCGGGACCGAGUGCGUCAUGGCCAUCCUUGGUCUUGGCCCUGGUUUUGCUGAGGAGAUUGCGAGGCUCGAGAGAAAUGUUCCGCCCGUAUGGUCAGGCCACUCAUCGAGGAUGCACCUCAUUCAACAACAACAUGCCCUUAUGGCUCUCGCUGCCUUCUCCAGACAUAUCCACAUUUGGUACCCAAUACUACACCCUGGCUUUUCAACACGCUAUCUUAGCAUCAUCUCAGGAACUCUGACGCCGGGUCCCGAGUCAUGUCUGGGACUGCUGGUGGCCGCAGUUGGCGCUCUUGCCCAGCGGGACUAUCAAUUAGGAGGCUCUGGUUCUGAAAACAGCAGUGAGCUCUACUUAGAAGUCGCCAUGGCCUCGUUGCCUGUGGUACUCACCGACAAGAGCAUCGAGAGCGUCCAGUGUCUGUUCUUGCUAGGCAUUUACCACUGUUGUGUUUCUAAGCCGAGCCAGGCAUACGACUACACCAUGAUGGCGUCCUUCAAGGUGCAGAAUCUACUCAAGCACGUGGGAGCAAGCACCAGUGAACCUUACCAACAAGCUAUAAGAGCCUAUUGGGCGAUCCUUCUCCUCGAGAGUGAGCUUCGUGUUCAGCUUGACGUUGUGGAAAGCGGUAUCUGGAACCAAGACGAUAAAGUAGCCUUGCCCAAUAGCCGCCGUGCAUGGCAAUUCGAUAUUGAUACAGGAUCGCCUGAAAGCACGAACACUUCACCAGCGGGCAGCAUCAUGUCUGCCGCUGAAAUACCUCAGAAUGACAGAACGCAGUCGUUCUUCCUCGCUGAAAUCUCCAUGAGACGAAUGUUGCACCGUUGCAAUACAGCUAUCCGCAAGAGUUCUCAUGGCGAGGUAGUUUAUGCUCCCAGUAUCGCUUUAGAGCUUGAGCUCCAACUCGAUGAAUGGUAUGACUAUUUGCCACAUGUCGUUCGCUUUCAGCAGCUCCAAGUCAACAAUCUCGCGGAUAACGACAACUUACUAUAUGCUGAGCCUCUUAGCAUCUUCCUCCGGGUCCAGUAUUACUGCUGCAAACUAUCGAUAUAUUGGCCAGCGAUUUACCAGAGUAUCCAAGAUGGUACAGCGACUCCUGAAGUUUUUCAACAUUGCGAAAGAUUCUUUAGUGCGUAUACCCAGUUGAUGCCUAGUAUCUUGAUUUCUAUUCAAAACUGUAUCGUCAAUCGCUGGACGCUUUAUUCAUCUAUCUUCAUGUCAUCGCUUGCAGUUAUAAAGGCGUCCCAAACUCGUUGCAUUCGAGUUAAUUGCGUGGUGGAUUGGUCUCAUCUUAUUGCGUGUUUGAAAUCUACGUUAUCUGUCGAUAAACGGAUUAUCGAGGCCAGUCCGUCAUUGAUAUUGAUGGAAAGUACGCUAAAUCGGCGACUGACAGAGUUCCAGCUUUGGCUUGGGGAAGAGAUAAGUAGGUCUUAAUGAACAAUAUGUAAAUUGGUG